AUGGAAUUUAAUGUUGAUAUUAGAAGGAGUUGUUUGAAUAAAAAUUAUAUUUCUUUUAAAUUUUCAAAGCUACAUAUCAAUUCGAACCUACCAAUAGCUGUAAAAGUGGCUCCAAAUUCUAGCAUUGUCAGUAUAAGUGAUAGGGAAGAGUUGGAAUUUACCUGCUAAACUAAUAUCAAUCUGUAUAACUCCAAAACCUCUUCCUAUGUACUGACUUAUUAUAACAAAGGACUUUUUUCUAAGUAAUUUGUCUGGAAAAAUGAUGAAAAGUACAUAAUAUAAUUAUGUCGAGGCAAGUAACUAUAAUAAAGUUAAGUUUAUAACGGGAAAGAAACAAAAGUAUUUUAUUAUUUGGGUAUGGUUGUAUUUGUGCAACUCUAGAUUUAAGAAGUUAAGAUUUAUGAUUUUCAUACUUCUCUUAAUAAUUACAAAAUAAUUAAAUUGCCUGAAAAGAUAACAUAAGUAAUGCAAUUUGGUGAUUAAAUUAUUUUAUUACCCCAAAAUAACAAUUACAUAUAUGUGACAAAUUCCUAAAAAAUUUUAUUGCCUUAUUUCAUUAAAUUUGAAAAUUAAUAUAAAGAAAGCUCCAUCUUGUAUUUUAAGCAAAAUAAUCUAAACUAUUUGAUACAAUAUGAAAAAAACCUAUAUAUAAUAUUUUAGGAAUUUCAUUCAUCAAUUUCAUUUAUAGAUCACAUAAUAAUUCAUGCAUUAAUAGAAUAAUCUUUAAUAGUGAUUUAUGCAAUAGAUAAGUUGUAAAAUCGGCUAAUAAAAUAUUUAUACAGCGACCAAGAGUUAAUAUCGUCAGAGUACAUUGAUCUAAAUUAGUAUCAAAAGCAAAUCUACUUCCCACUAAAAGUGUAGUAUAACAAGGGAAAAAUUGUAAUUCUAACUAAUAAUGAAUCUGGGGAGUUUUUCCUCUUAAUAUUUAAAUUAUCAAUUUAUUUAGCUUAAGGUUUGGAAUAAAUUAUCGAAAUAAGUCGAAUAGAAUUCUUUAUAACGGAAUAGUUUAUAUUUUUCUAUGAUAAAGACUUUAAAACCUAGAUUUUUUAAUUUGAAUACCUAGAAUUUAAGAUGGAUAUUGAAAAUUUAAAUUAAGAUUAAAAUCUUAUAGAACUUAACUAAAGCUUUAUAUACUACUCUUAAAUUUAUCCUUUUAAAGAAUUUAAUUUCAAUUUCACAAUUUCAAUAAGCAACUUCUGUAUUAACAUAAGGAAAUUACCAACCAGUUAGCAAAUAUUGCAUCGUAAAUAACAAUCAACAACAUCACUAACUUUACAAGAUUAUUUUUCUGGUCCCAUUGAAAAAGUUAAAUUACUAGAUACAACGAAUUUAAACCUACAUGGUCCAUUUUUAUAUAGAGAAAAGCUGUAGCAAUGCAACCCCCAGUAAGAUUUAACAUUAUGUAUUGAAACUCGUAUUCUUUAAUAUUAAGAGGAUACUACUUUAAAAAUAUAUUUAGUUUAAAUAGAAAAUUAAUAUAAAAUACUAAAUGAUUGUCAUUUGUCUCUUAAUAUUCCAAUCAUUUAAAUAUUUUAUUUGGAAUAAGAUCAGUUUCUUGUAAUUCAAAAUUAUUUGAAUAUGUGUAUAUUUGUGUUUUAUGAAUUUAACUUGCUUGAUUCAAGGUACUUUUAAAAAUCUGUUCAAACUUAUGAAUGUGGAAAAGAAUUAAUGGUCUGUAAGAAAGAGGGUAAUAUAUUAAUGCUGAAAUUUGAAAAAUUAGCAAGGUUCUUCCUUAUUUUAUAAUAAUAAGUUACAGAAAUACACUUUUAAAGUUAACAUUAGUUUAAUGAUUUUUUUAUCAUAAAUAACGCUCAAAAUCAAUUUGUAUUUCUUAAAAACAAUGUAGAUUUUUCGACUUGCUUAAUGAGUGUUUAUUAUCUGGAUUAGAAUUAAUUAUUCUUUAAUAGUAGUUAUAAGUUGGAUAAUAGCAAAUUCUAAUCAGAAUUACUGUAAAAUGAAUUGCGAUUAUAAAUUCAAUUCACAUUUACGAUUAUAACAUAUAAGUCAUUUAAGAUGGAGGAGCAAUGCAUAAUCUCGAAGAUAGUAAUAAUUACUUAAAGAACAAUCUUUACUGGAUUUGCCAAAUGUUUUAUGUAAGAGAAAGAAUGCAUUUAUUCAGUAACUAAAACGCUUAAAAUACCUCAUUAUAUAAAGAAUGAAAAUAAGUUGUAGUUCGAUGAAGAUUUUAUCUUUAUCUCCCUGAACUAUAAUUAUUAUCUGUACGAUUUAAAAUUAAAGAAGAACUUACAUUAUAUUGCUUCUCUUCAAUCCGAUUAUUAAAUAUUGACAUUCAAUACUACACAUUAUCUUAUUGCUCCAAUGAUUUAGUAGGGGAAUAUAUAUCUAGGAUAGAUUGGUUAUGAGUUAUCACUUUCAGAGUUUGGAUUAAGCAAGAAAGAAUUUGAAUUUGAUUUAUUGGUUUAAAAUGAAAUAUCAGAGGAGUAAGUAUCUUUAAUAUUCUUGAAUGAUGAUUUAGAUGUUUAAACUUGGAUGAUAACUAAAUAUUUAAUUUGCUCUGUGAAUAUGAUAUUUAUUAUUCUGAUGAUUUACUUGAAUCGUAGAUCUAAAUUGAAAUUAAAAAAUCAAGCUUAAAAAACCAAUGACAAAUGUUGA